GCUUAUUGAAUAUUAUUGAACUUAUACAAUGUGUUUACUAACCUGUAGUUUUCAAUGGGAAGCUUAAGUUUUGUCUCAGCUAACAUUUUAAACGUUACGUAUCUUAUACGAAGUCUGCAAAACUAGACUAUGGCCUAGGGCAGCUUGGGUAGUUGACAUAGUUUCAACAUGGCGGACUCGGACGACUGUUGGUUGUUUGUGCCGCUGUUUUUGUUGUCGUCUGUCCCCUAACGGCAGACGGAAUUGGUAAAAUAUACGCAUCAUAGACCAUCCGAGUACUUCAUCAGUGAAAACUGAGACUGUGACAUAAAAACUGCAGGUUGGGAUAUUCAGAAGAAUCAGACAUGCAGGGUCCAGAAGUGCCAGUACGGGUCGCAGUCAGAGUCAGACCACUUCUUCCCAGGGAGCGUCUACAUAAUCACCAGGUGUGCGUGCGUGUGAUACCAGGUGCAAACCAGCUGGUUCUUGGAAAGGACCGUGCCUUCACGUUCGACCACGUGUUGACAUCCAAGACGUCUCAAGAUGAAGCAUACAGCAAGAUUGUAGAGCCGCUCGUCCACAGCUGUUUUGAGGGAUACAAUGCCACUGUGUUUGCGUAUGGUCAGACUGGGUCUGGGAAGACUUACACCAUUGUAGGAGGUGGAAAUACAGACACCAUUACAGAGGAGGAGUAUGGUAUCAUCCCUCGUGCCAUCAAACAGAUCUUCUCCACCAUUGCGGAGAACCAUAAUGUUGACUAUACAGUGCUGGUCUCCUACAUUGAGGUGUACAUGGAAGAGUUGAGAGACCUGAUUGAGCUGGAAACAUCCAGCAAGGAUUUGCACAUUAGGGAAGACGAAAAUGGAAACACAGGUAUGGGACUCAAACUUAAGAUCAUGAAGUAG